AUGUUUGUGGAUCCGGAAAUUUUGGAUGCGCUCGAUGAGGAGCAAAAGCAAAUAUUAUUUAUCAAAAUGCGAGAGGAGCAAGUAAAACGCUGGAAUGCUUUUGACGAGCAAUGUGAGAAGGAGGAUGAACCCCAAAGCAGCAAAGCAAAGGAUGAUUCGCGAAGAAUCAAAUGGUUGAAGGGAGAAGACGGCGAAGUUUGGGUUUGGGUUAUGGGUGAACAUAAAGAUGACCUAACCAUUGAACAAAUUACGGAAAAACGGGCUCUUGAGGAAGCACGACAACUUGCUGAAAAGGAAAUGCUGGAAAGCAUGCGUUUAACGGAACUGAGUGAUAAUAAUUCACCUGUCGUCGAGCCACAUGAAGAUGAGAACACACUGAAAGAACAGCUGAGCCGUAUUAAACCAUGGAAUAGCGCAAAUGCGCCUAACAAAAUACAAGAAUCUGUAUAUGACGAUGCAGAUUCAUUGUUUGGCACAUCAUACAAUGGUAAUGUACAUUCGCCUUCGCGUAUUGCUCCUGCUCCAGAAUCAUCUCGCAAAGGGAUUCUAAAGAAAUCCAAGGAAAAUCUUUCUGAUAAUAACACUAACAAAGGGGAUAAAUUAUCAAACAUUACUGACACUGAGACAGAUAAGACAUGCGGCACGGAUUUAUUAACCGACUCUUCGAAGAGUAAUGGUUCAGACGAACGCUCACAGGCUUCGCCAAGUACUUCUACUCUUAAUAGCAGUUUCGGUGAAAUACUUAUUGGUAGCUUUGGCCGUCUGAAUCCAUCUUCUGGAAGUGAAGCAGCAAAAGCUCCUUAUGGAGCUUACACUAACUAUGUUCCACUUUCCUCCCAGCCUAUUGGAUCAGACAUCCGUCGUGGAUCAGGAAAAGCAGACAUGCUGUCAGAUUAUAGCGGUCCAAGUGGAGUAAAGACACCUAAUACACCAACAAAUGCUACAAAACCUGCGCCAAAUGGAAACAAUUUCGCUGUUCCACGAAGUCGGUUUUGGAAUAUGAAAACACAAAUCACUCCACCUCAGAAAACAAACGCUGCUAAAAAAACGGUGGUGAAAUUCCGGCCUGAUCUUAAUACAACACAUGAUUUAUCGGAUAUCGAUGAAGAAAUCACUAAGCGACAGUCAGAAAUUUUCGAAAAGAUCAAGGAAAAACAUCAGCAAUUUGACAGAGAAGCAGAACAGGAGGCGAAACGCGUUCAACAAGCUUGGGAGGAACAAGAAAGAAAAGCACGUGAAGCGGAAGCUCAAAUUCGACAAAUUGCACAGAGAGCUCGUGAACAACACCGUCAGCAAAGUUUGCGUACAUCGAGUUCAAUUUUGCCAGUUCUCAAGAAUAUGAAUCCUUCACGUUUGAGGGCUGCAUUGAAGAGUUUGCCCCGUCCUCCCAAGCCGAAAUCGCGUGAUGCAAUUAUUAAUUGGUUUAAAACCGAAGAGCUGCCACGAGGAACCGGUUUGGAUCCAAUAACACGUCGACCAUCUGUUUGGUUCCAUGGAAUCAUCCCAAGAAGCAGAGCUGAUCGACUGCUACAGAAAAAACCUUCCGGUUCAUUCCUUAUUCGCGUUUCGGAACGUAUUUGGGGUUAUACCUUAUCGUAUGUAGUUGGAGAUGGUAAUGUAAAGCAUUUUCUGAUCGAAAAAAUACCACAAGGAUAUCAAUUUUUGGGAAUAAAUCAAGUAGUGCAUCGUCAUCUUCGUGAACUGAUUGCAUUUCACAAGUUUUCGCCAAUAACAGUUAAAGGACAUGAGCUACUACGCUGGGCGGUGGGACAAGUUGAUACUGAUUUGCCGGAUUAUGCUGAUCUUAUUUCUUCUGAAUGA